AUGUUUCACGGAACAAUUAUGAAAGAGCUAACCAUCCAUGAAGAAUGGAGUCACUACAAUGAGAGCAUGGUAGAAGAUCAAAAAGACUUUGUUUUCGUGAAGUUCAAUGGCCUUCAUUUAAAAUCUAUGGAAAAUUUACAAUCCUGUAUCUCUCUCAGAGUAUGCAUCUUCUCAAACAAUUUCAUUACAGAUAUACAGCCACUUGAAAAUUGUUUAAAAUUAAUCAAACUUGAUCUCCAUGGAAAUCAGAUAAAGAAUCUACCAGGAACCAAAUUUUGGAUUGGAUUGAAGAACCUAAAACUCCUCUAUCUCCAUAACAAUGGGUUUGUGAAGUUAAAGAAUAUAUGUGUAUUAUCUGCCUGUUCUAACCUCAUUGCCCUCACUAUGUUCGAUUGUCCAGUAAGCCUUAAAAAAGGAUACAGACAUGUUCUUGUUAAUAGUAUAUGGUCUCUUAAAGCACUGGAUCAUCAUGUGAUUUCUGAUGAAGAAAUAAUUCAGAACUGGCAUCUUCCUGAAAGAUUCAGAACAUGUAAUGACCGACUUUCCUUUAAUUUCUGCCCUUCUUUGAGAAAGGGAACAACCUAUGAGGAUGAAAUUAAUAAUAUUAAACAUACUAUUUCAAAAAUUAAUGAAAUUAUGGCUCAUAAUUCACCAGUUUUGAUUAUUCAAAGAUGGAUACGUGGCUUUGUAGUUAGGAAAAAAUUGAGCCACUUGUUUUUGUGUAAAAAACAUCGGGAAAAAUUUACCAGGAGUUGUGAAACAAACUGGAUUUAUAUAUACAAAGAAUAUGAAGAUAAACUCCUUAAAGAUCUCUUUUUUAAACCUGAAACUCAUAUAAAAGAAACAUUUACACAUUGGAAAUAUAAUAUACAUUUUCCAGUUGAUUUUACAAGGUCUAAUGAACAGAGAAAAUACAUUUCCUCUAUUUUAUCUGAAUUAAAAACAAAAGAUACUGGCAUAAAAUCAAAAAAAUCAAGACAUCUAAUUCAAAAAGGUCAGAAGGAAUCUGAAGAUGAAAUUGAGGAUGAAGUAUUGGAUGCCAGCUUUAGAAUAACAGUGUCUAAACUACCCAUACUUUCUUCAGAUUCAUCAAAGGAUGCUGCAGUACUGAAAGAACAAAAACAAGAUCUUUUUCCUACAUAUGGCCAGCCAUUAUCUGCCAUUCAUCAAAAACCAAUAAUUAAAAGUGACACAUUGUCAGAGAGGAAUGCAAAAAAAGAGUUUUAUAUAACACAAAGAAGUGGUAUAAAACUCCAAGUACUUUGUGAUAUUGAUAGAUAUUACUCAGAACAAAAGAAAUACGAAAGCUAUAAAAAAAAAGUAGCAGCUGUAGCCACGGCACAAGAAGACAAAGCUACAACUACACAAGCUGUCAAAGAAAGUGUACGUAAGAAAAAAUAUGCUGUACAACAACGAAAUGAAAAAGAUACUGAGGCAAUUCAGAACAGUUUACAACAACGUUGGCAGGACAGAUCCAACUACAUUGAAAAAGUCAGAGAGAGGAGAAUUCGAUUUCUAGAAGAAAAGAAGAAAAAGUCUGCAGAUCGCUUAAUAAUUCAAGAAUUAAGUAAUGAGCGCACUCUUUUCACACAAGGAAUGAUUAAAGUCGACAAAUUGAGGAAGAAUGAGGCUAUUUUAAAAGAGAAAAGCCACAUUGUUCAGCAAAAAUUACUAAUAGAAAAAUAUCAGAAAGAGUUGCUUAAACAAAUGAAGGAAAUUAGAGCUCAAGAAAUACAUAGAAGACACUGUGAAGAAAAAUUUGUUUUUGAUAUGAUCAACUUUCAAAAAGCCUGUGAAAGAUUUCAAGAAGCCAAAACAAGAGUUGCAAUUGUAAAAGCAAAUUUUGGCUUUAAACAUCCUGGGAAAUGA